AUGGCGGAACUGGAAAGUGCUAUUUUGGAACUGAUGGGCAACAAAAUUCUGAUAAUUAUCAAAGUGGAGGAGGUGGAAUCCAUAGCUAAAGGCUACAUCAUGGCCGAGUUGGACCCUCCCUUCUGCGAGGUCCGAUACAUCAACUCCAACAUAGGUUAUGGGGUAUUUGCAACCCAGGAUCUAUCAGAGGGCGACUUUGUGCUAGAAUAUCACGGGGAGCUGAUUUCCCAGAGUGAGGCUAAGCUCCGAGAUGAAAAGUACGAUAAAGAAAAAGAAGGGUCAUUCAUUGUAUACUUCCAAGACAAGAAAGGAAAACGACUUUGUGUGGAUGCCACACAUUCAAAGACAAUGGGACGGUUCGUUAAUGAUGGCUGGAAGGAGCAUGAAAAAAACUGUUUCCUAAGAAUUGUGCAGUGUGAAAAUAAGACCCAUAUCUGCUUGUUUGCCAAUCGAAAUAUCAAAAUGGGAGAAGAGUUUCGAUUUGAUUACGAUGUUCCGAACCUACCAUGGAGAAAGGAUUCAAGUUCGUUCAAGACAUCACAAUUGCAAUCUCAACAUGGUCGCCAGAAGAAAAGAAGGAAACUAAAAACCCAAUGCGGCAGCUGCACUGGUUGUGUGAGGAUCGAUGACUGCAGUGAGUGUCGAACUUGUAAGAACAUGAAGAAGUUUGGUGGUCCAGGAACAUUCAAACAGAAGUGCAUGUUGAAACUGUGUCAAAAAGAGCAGAGUCCAAGUCCGUCAAUGUCCACCCCCAAGCUGGGCCUCAGAUCAGGAGGGACAGAUGCGAGAAGCCAGGAAGUACCCACUACUGUGCAGAGGAAAGAUGAGAAGGCUGUCAUCCCUUCCACGCAACCAGUGACCAAGUCUAGGAGGAUUGAUGGAGAACAUGAUGAUGACUUUGUUUCACAAGAGACAAGGGCUGGAUCACAAAGCAGUACGAAGAAAAGAAAUCGGCCAACAUCUCUUCCACGAAUCAAGUUAUCUCACCCAAAACGGUCAAAGAAGUGCUUAAAGUAUUCUGUGAAGACAACCAGAAAGACAAGGGCAGUCUGUGGAAGAAACACAAAUACCAUCUCGCCAAAUGAGUCAAGAACAACAGACUUGAUUAGUAACAACACCAGGAGCAACAUUUAUGACUUUGAUACCGCUGAUGAAAUCCUGCCUUUAGAGAGUGGAAGUGAAGAUGUGGAGAACCAAACUCACUGUGCAGAACGUACGUCUGCUCCAGGGCAGAGCAGCUGCAAGGAUAAGGAUACAGCCUGGUUCGAGGGCCCUGAGUUGGUGGAGGAAGGGGGUCCGAACACUGAAGAAGAGAGUCAGAAUGUAAGUAGUCAGAAUGAUAUGACCUACCUCACUCAAAGGAAAUACAGCAAUAGCUCCAGACAGGCCAAGUUGGAUGGCAUUAUUGCAAAGCUAAGGUCCAAAUCUGUUGGGUUAAUAGAAAACAGCACCAUGCCAGACCUGAGCAGUGAUGAUGCUUUCACCAAGAACAAAAAAAUAUCGACAAAGAGACAAUGGAAGAGUGAUAUAUUUGAAAAGGAGGACGAGGUACAUGGAGAUCGUUUGCCUAAAAGAAGAAAUUCUGAAGUUCAAGAGAGUCAGCCCAUUGUCAAACAAUCUAAAGUGACUGCAAAUGAUGGUGAAACAGUCCCAGUUCAUGCAGUUGCUAGGUCAGCUAAUGAAUCUGUUGCAAGGACGGAGCCCUUGGAUCUUAGUUUCAUAUCUCAUAGGCCAGUUGAGCAAUGUGUGUUUCCUUUCAUUGAGAACAGGACUCAAGAUGCUUUUGAUGAAACAACUAUCAUUGAACCAAAUACAGAAAAUUCCAAUGGAGCUGACACCAACAGUUCCAGCACCACAAGGUUUAGUUUAGUCCAGAGCUACCAGCAGAGUCUGUCAAACAUGGUGGAGUACCUUGAGAAGAGAGCAGCUCGCCAGGAUGAAGAUAGACCAUCCAGUAGACGAAAACUGGUCAAGAAACUGAUUCGGAAAAAGACUAGAAUGGAAGACCUUUUGAAUGAAGUAUCUGAGAAUAAUGAGAAUAAAGAUACCAGUGGGUCAAGCAUGUUUCCAAGGCGACGGAAGCUUGAGGGUCGAGGAGCUUCCAGAAUGUUGCAGAGCCUGUACAAGACUCUAAUGAUUCAAACUGCUGAGUGUGUCCAAGAGAGACUGGAUGAGACAAGCUUCAAACUACAAGUGACCUUCAAGCAGGAUGAAAAUGUGAACCACGGUGAAGAACAAAUGGAUGAGCCUGAUGAAGAGCAGGAGAGUAGAGAGGCCAAUGAUGAUAAACCUGAGACAUGGAAGGACAUAUCUGUUUUAGUAAAGUACACAGCAGAGAUGGAGAAGGACAAGGAUGAAGAAGACAUUAAGGUCAAGGAGCAGAUAUCCAGCAUGGUGCAGUUCCUUGACACAAAGAUCUCUCAGCUUCAGGGGGAAGCCAGUGAUGUCCACAGGAUCCUAAAAAAGACAAUCAAGAAAAUUAAAAAAAAGAUGCUGAUUUUAUCUGAGUCACAGAAUACUUAA